CCGCACUCACCUGCAACUUCUCGCGCCACUCUUUCAAGUGCGACCCGGGACCCGGAAGUAAAUCUCCCGGUAGCGGAAGUAGGUUUUCCAGACCGGAAGCGGCUGUGAGGAAAACAUGGCGGCCGCGGCACUGGCGCUGAGAACACGAGCAGUUGUCUCAACCCUGUUGAGCCCUCCUUGCGCUGCAGCUCUGGCUGUCAGAUGUGCAUCCAAGAAGACAGGUGGCAGCUCCAAAAACCUGGGCGGCAAGUCCUCAGGCAAACGUUUCGGCAUCAAGAAGAUGGAAGGUCACUACGUUCACGCUGGCAACAUCCUUGCGACUCAGCGCCAGUUCCGCUGGCACCCCGGUGCCCAUGUGGGCCUGGGGAAGAGGAAGUACCUAUAUGCCCUCGAGGAGGGGACAGUCCGCUAUACUAAAGAGGUCUACGUGCCCAAGCCCAGCGACCCAGAAGCCGUGGAUCUGGUCACCAGGCUGCCCAGGGGUGCUGUGCUCUACAAGACCUUUGUCCAUGUGGUUCCCUCCAAGCCUGAGGGCACCUUCAAACUGGUAGCUAUGCUUUGAAGUCUUGGCUGAAGCCACUGGACAUACUUGGAGUCACAGCAGUCUUGAGGAAGAGGUCUGCUGGAUCGUGACUGCAGGCGACUCAAGUGACACUGGGAAGCCCUUUGGGAGAGCUGGCCUGGGCCCGAAUAAAGCCAACUCUUGGGGACAGCA